AUAGGACUAAAGCGUGUUGUCGUAGCGCCAGCAUUGCUUUUUAUUUGUAUUCUUCAAUCUGCUUUCACAAAGUUUUAGGGUUAGGUGUGACGUUUAUAUUAUAAUUAUAUUAGAAAUAUAACGGAGGGCAAAAUGGAUGCUGAUUUGUAUGAUGAAUUUGGAAACUACAUUGGACCAGAAAUAGAUAGUGGAUCAGAAGAUGAAGAUGGAUAUGAUAGAGAGAAUGAUAAUGAGCAAGAGUAUCAUGAGGAUGAUACCAUGGAUGAAAGUCGGGAUGAAGAGGAGGGUCCACAGAUGCAGAUUAUUUUACACGAGGACAAGAAAUACUAUCCAACUGCAGAGGAAGUGUAUGGACAAGAUGUGGAAACAAUUGUUCAGGAAGAAGAUACACAAGCUUUGACUGAACCUAUCAUUGCUCCAGUGAAAAAGAAGAAAUUCUCCCAUGUGGAACAGGACUUUCCAAAUACAGUGUACAACUUAGAGUUUCUGGCUGACCUCAUGGAUAAUACAGAUCUCAUCAGAAACAUUGCUUUAGUAGGCCAUCUGCACCAUGGAAAGACAUCCUUUGUUGACUGUUUAAUUGAACAGACCCAUCCAGACCUGUGUGUUAAAGAAGGGAAAAAUCUUCGUUAUACAGACACCUUAUAUACUGAGCAAGAGCGAGGAGUCAGUAUCAAAGCUACUCCAGUGACUCUUGUGAUGCAGGAUUUAAAAGGAAAGUCAUAUUUGAUGAAUAUUUUUGACACUCCAGGCCAUGUUAAUUUUUCUGAUGAAGUUACAGCAGCCAUGAGGUUAUGUGAUGGGGUGGUGAUUUUUGUAGAUGCUGCAGAAGGAGUUUCAUUAAAUACAGAACGUCUUGUUAAACAUGCUGUACAGGAGCGAAUGGCAAUAACAUUGUGCAUCAACAAAAUUGAUCGGCUUGUUCUUGAGCUUAAACUUCCUCCUCAAGAUGCCUACUACAAGCUACGUCACAUAAUUGAGGAAAUUAAUGGUCUUUUAAGUUUGUAUUCAGAUGAAAAUGACCAGCCUACUGUGUCUCCUUUGUCAGGAAAUGUGUGUUUUGCUAGUUCUCAAUACAGUGUGUGUUUUACCCUACGCUCCUUCGCUCAACUUUAUGCGCAGACAUAUGGCAACAUCAAUCCUUUUGAUUUUGCUCGGCGCCUCUGGGGAGAUAUCUAUUUUAACAGUAAAACAAGGAAAUUCACCAAAAAGCCACCUCAUAGUUCAGCAUUAAGGAGUUUUGUUGAGUUUAUUUUGGAACCACUGUACAAGUUAUUUGCUCAGGUUUGAUUUAAUGUAAUUUUUUAGCCUAAUUUAAAAAUAGAUUAAUAGGUUAAAGUUAGUAAAAUUAAUCUAAACUGAAAUGAAACCUCUAACCUAUUCGUCCUACUUCUCCGUUUGAUAUGUUCUCGUUUCCUUGGAGAUUUUAAUGGUUUAACGGACAUGUGUGUCCAACAUGUACCAUCUCCUGCUGAGAAUUCAAAAAAGAAAAUUGAACACAUUUAUACUGGUCCUCAAGAUUCUGAGUUAUCUGAAGCCAUGGUGGAAUGUGAUCCUGACGGACCACUGAUGGUUCACACCACCAAACAGUACUCUACCCAAGAUGCUACUAGUUUUCACAUUUUUGGACGGGUGAUGAGUGGAACUCUACAUGCUAACCAAGAAGUGCACAUUUUGGGUGAAAACUACACUUUGAUGGAUGAAGAAGAUUCUCGGGUUGUCACUGUGGGAAGGCUGUGGAUAUAUGAGGCCAGAUAUAAAAUUGAAGUCGAUCGAGUACCAGCUGGAAACUGGGUGCUCAUUGAAGGAAUUGAUCAACCGAUUGUAAAGACUGCUACUAUUUGUGACAUUGGAACUCAAGAUGAACUGUACAUAUUUCGACCAUUAAAAUUCAACACACAAUCUGUAAUUAAAAUUGCUGUGGAGCCUGUCAACCCAUCUGAACUUCCAAAGAUGUUAGAUGGCUUGCGAAAGGUUAACAAAUCCUACCCAUUACUUAGUACCAAGGUGGAAGAAUCAGGUGAACAUGUUGUUUUGGGAACAGGAGAACUGUACUUGGACUGUGUCAUGCAUGACUUGAGAAAGAUGUACUCAGAAAUAGAUAUCAAGGUGGCUGAUCCAGUUGUCUCUUUCUGUGAGACAGUUGUAGAAACAUCUUCACUGAAAUGUUUUGCAGAGACACCAAAUAAAAAGAACAAAGUAACUAUGAUAGCAGAACCAUUAGAAAAGGGUCUAGCAGAGGAUAUUGAAAAUGAGGUAGUUCAAAUUACAUGGAAUCGUAAACGACUUGGAGAGUUCUUUCAGACAAAGUAUGACUGGGACUUGCUAGCUGCUCGAUCUAUCUGGGCAUUUGGCCCAGAUGUUACGGGACCUAAUAUUUUAGUGGAUGAUACUCUCCCAUCUGAGGUUGACAAAGGAUUAUUAAACAUGGUGAAAGACAGUAUUAUCCAGGGCUUCCAAUGGGCUACCCGGGAAGGGCCAUUGUGUGAAGAACCUAUCCGAAACUGCAAAUUUAAGAUCCUAGAUGCUGUUAUAUCAGGAGAACCCAUCCAUCGAGGUGGUGGACAGAUCAUCCCCACUGCUCGUAGGGUUGCUUAUUCUGCUUUUCUUAUGGCCACUCCACGUCUGAUGGAACCAUACUAUUUUGUGGAAGUUCAAGCUCCAGCUGAUUGUGUAUCACCAGUGUACACUGUUCUAGCAAGAAGAAGAGGACAUGUGACCCAAGAUGCUCCAGUUCCAGGUUCACCUCUUUACACAAUCAAAGCCUUUAUUCCAGCUAUUGACUCCUUUGGUUUUGAGACAGAUCUUCGUACCCAUACACAAGGCCAAGCAUUUUGUUUGUCUGUCUUCCAUCAUUGGCAGAUUGUUCCUGGUGAUCCUCUGGACAAAAGUAUAGUCAUCAGACCGCUCGAACCUCAGCCUGCUCCACAUCUUGCUCGAGAGUUCAUGAUUAAAACUCGUAGAAGAAAGGGUCUUAGUGAAGAUGUUAGCAUCAACAAAUUCUUUGAUGACCCUAUGUUGCUGGAGUUAGCAAGACAAGAUGUCAUGUUAAACUAUCCAUUAUGAUGCUAAACUUGUCAAGAAAAGGAAAGCCCUGGAUUUUUUAAUCAGUAUAUUUUCCUGUAAGUUGUGCUUGUAAUGUGGAAUGUAAACCAGACGUAAGUUUAUCUUUUGCUGUUUCCGUGUAAAAAAAAGAGUGGAACUGUAUGAAGUUAAUUUUGCACAACCCCACAGGUGGUACUGCCAGCACCAAGAAAGAAUGAAUGUUAUCUGAAGACUUACAGUGUAAUGUUUUGUUUCACUUUCUUUUUUGUACAAUAAAGCUUUUUUUCAAACAAAA